AUGUACUCUACGCGCUUCAAAUUCAUCGCAUCCUCCCUCUUCGUCGUCUGUUUAAUUUGGGGUAUCCGACUUGCCAAUAACAAUAACUUCAGCUUGAGGUCCCAGACCUUAAAGUUUGCAGUUGAUCCUGCCGAACAAGGUUGCGUCAAACAAAAUACGUGCAACAAGUGCAUAACCGUCAAGGGUAACGGCGGCAAACCGGUUUGUGGGUUUAACAAAUCCAGCCAGUGUGUCGGUCAAUCUACUGCCUCUCCUGCCUCUUUGGCCAAGACACCCGCUGAAUGCAAGAUCUUUGAAGACGAACAAAAGCAGGAACACGAAAAAGACGCUGAAUUUACCAAAAAUGCCCAAAAGGAAUGGGAAAAGAUUAAACCCCAUGUGUUUGGCACCGAGAAGGGGUUGAAGAACACGUCUGGCAGACAUCUGGCAUCCUCAUUGCUUAGUGUUCCUGCCAACAAGAAGAACCUGAAAAGGACCGAGUACGAAAACGCCGGCCUUUCCAUGUUCGUCAGUCCGAGCAAGAAAAUCAAGACAACCUGGGACGACGAUUUGGGAAGGUAUACUCCCACCCAGGUAGAAGUCAUGUGUGUGGCCGCAAUUAAGGCAGUACUGAAGAUGAAUGAUUCGAAAACGUUACCGAGCGGGAUGAACGUUAUUUCCAUUUCCGUUCCCUCUCCUCGCGGCAUGAACCUCUGCAUCAGUGUGCAGGGAAAUACAAGUGUGUUUCCUGGAUCUACUGGUGCGACCAAUGUUGCUAUAGGUCAAGCUUGCGUACCCGAUGCUGGCGCUGUCGACGACAUCGAGUAA